CGGAUCCCACGCGGAGCGAAGAGGGAGGAAGGAAAGAGAGAGGAAGAGGCCGAGGCGGCUUCAUCCCUCCCUCCUCCUCCUCGAUCGAUUGUCGCGAUCUCCUGAUCCCUAGCUUUUCGAUCUGAAUCCCAUCUUCCUUUCUUGGAACCGGGGAUCGGGGGUCGAUGGCGGACGGCUCCGCGACGCGCCGCCUGCGCGAGAUCCAGUCGCGGACGGGGAACAGGACAUGCGUCGACUGCGCCCAGAAGAACCCGCAGUGGGCCUCCGUCUCCUACGGCGUCUUCAUGUGCCUCGAGUGCUCCGGGAAGCACCGGGGCCUCGGGGUUCACAUCAGCUUUGUCCGGUCCGUCACCAUGGACGCGUGGUCCGAGGCCCAGCUUAAGAAGAUGGAGGCCGGUGGCAACGAUCGCCUCAAUGGGUUCCUUGCCCAGUGCGGCGUACCCAAGGAGACCGACAUCGUCGUCAAGUACAACACCCAGGCCGCUGCCGUCUACCGCGACCAGAUCGCGGCCGUCGCCGAUGGCCGACCCUGGCGCGACCCGCCCGUCGUCAAGGAAACGCUCGGUUCCGGGGCAAGGAAGCCGCCGUCGGGGCGGAGCGCCGGGAAAGGUGGUAACUUGGCGGGUAAUGGUAGUUGGGAUAGUUGGGACGGCGACGACGUCACAUCGUCUUCCGAUAUCAGGAGGAAUCAGUCGGUGGGCGAUUUUAGGGCGGGGAGCGGAGGAGGAAGAGGGGUGAAUCCGCCCUCCAGAUCCAGAUCGACGGUUGAUAUAUACACUAGGGCUCAGUUGGAGGCAUCCGCCGCCAACAAGGAGGGCUUUUUCUCGACGAAGAUGGCAGAAAAUGCUUCUCGGCCUGAGGGAAUUCCACCAUCUCAGGGCGGAAAGUAUGUUGGUUUCGGAUCGACUCCACCACCCUCUGCUCAGAGGAACAACCCUCAGACUGAUGUUCUCCAGGAUACGUUUUCCAUUGUUUCUCAGGGUCUGGGCCGGCUUUCUUUUAUGGCUACCUCUGCUGCACAGUCAGCUGCUAAUGUUGUUCAAGCUGGCACAAAGGAGCUGACAUCAAAGCUUGUAUCGUUAAAGCCCUUCAUUUGCACUUUAUUAAUCCAGAUGAUAGAGGGAGGUUAUGAUCAGAAAGUCAAUGAAACUGUGAAUGUCGUUGCCACCAAAACCACUGAGAUUGGGCAGAAGACAUGGGGGAUCAUGAGAGGUGUUAUGGCAAUGGCAUCUCAAAAGGUUGAAGAAUAUGCCAAAGAAGGGAUCAACUGGAACGAGGAUGAUUGGUCAUGGAAGGAGAGUGAGAAAAAUGGUCCUUAUCAAAAGUUUGGGCAAAACAACAAGGACUGGAAUUCUUUCGAAGAGAGCUCAGAGAGACAUCAGAAUUCUGUGAGCUCCUGGGAUGAUUGGGAUGAGAAAGCAAGGAAGAAAGAGCCUGUAAAGGGGACAAAUGGUACUGAUCAAGAGUUUGGGCAGAACAACAAGGGCUGGAAUUCUUUUGAAUCGAACUCGGACAGACAUCAUAAUUCUGUGAGCUCCUGGGAUGAUUGGAAUGAGAACGAAAGGAAGAAAGAACCCGGAAAGGGGACACAGAGUGGUAGCGAAAGCUGGGCUGGUUGGGAUGAUGUGAAAGAUGAUGAUGGCUACAGCACCCACAAUCAUAGCUCCUCAUCUGGCAACACUACUAAUCAGAACAGGAAAUCUGGUUCCACAUGGACAGAUGGUGGCUUCCUCUGAUGCUGGUCUAUUUUUUAUAUCAUUUUCCUAUAGCAUGGUAAGAUGCUUGUGUCAGUACUAAUUUAUAUUGUUGAUAGCUUGGGGUCUGCCCCAUUUUAGUUGCAAUAAACAGUGCUCUUCUUCUGUGUGAUGUCUUCUAUAUUUGCAAGAAUAGCAGAUAAUCAUAUUUGUGGAUCGUAUACCAUUUGAAAUUUUCUCAAGGAUGGUUCUGUUU